GAACAAAAACAAUAAAUAAGAUCCGGUUUAACCGACAGGAAGCGAGGAGAUACUCAUGGCGCCCGACUAGAAAGAAAAAAACGAGAAUUAUCGGUUCCUAUUUUGUGUCUUUUUUGGCCCCUCUACACUAAAGGAUACUGUUUUCUUCAUACAUACACGUUCGUUAUGGAUUCAGAGGAGAAUGAAGUGGAGAGUAGCAGCGAUGCAGGCCCAUCGGGGAUGGAAGAGCCGUCUGAAAGCGGCAUGGGCAUGGAAACAUCAGAGGCCAUGUCUGCAGACAGCAGCGAUGCUGCUGCCUCUCACCCACAGGCCCCGGAGUCAGACUGUCAUGUGGGACAGAGCUCAGAGGGACUUGUGGUGUUCAUCCCAGAAACCAGCUCCAGUACUGAUGCCAGAGUUUCCUCUGUCCAUCUUCCUGACUCCUCCUCCGUGGCUCAGUCCACUAGCGUGUCCAGUGUCUCCACAGUCACUCAGUCGGUGCUGGUGUCAGAGUCAGCUCAGGUUCUGGUCCACUCCAGUGCUGUAUCUGAAGGAGCUAUGAUGGUUUCUGACUCCACCGCUUCUACCUCAUCGGAUCUGGGAUCUGCCAUUGACAAGAUCAUAGAAUCCACCAUUGGUCCAGAUAUCAUGAAUGGUUGCAUAGCUGUGACCAGUGCAGAGGACGGAGGAGCAGAAACAACCCAGUAUCUGAUUUUACAUGGACCAGAUGAUGGAGCUCCGAUGGUGGCUCAGAUGUCCUCUUCUGCCUUGUCCAACCGUGUAGCUGUAGAAGCUCUCGCUGAAGGUCCGACAUCCACCUGUCUAGACCAGGGAGACCUGCAGGGUGGCCUUGAGCCAGACCAGCCUGACGAUCAGCCGGGACAUUCUGGUUACCCCGAAGACAGCAGCAGUCAACCUGACCAGCCCCAGCACUCCCACCCCUCCCAGUACAUGGACUGCAGCACAGAUGGCCCAGAUCAGACAGAGUCCUCACCAUCAUUUUUGGAGUGUUCAGGUGAGGAACCAGACCAGACGCGCCCCCACCUGGGUUUUCCUGACUACAGCGGAAACAACAGCGACCCGGACCUGCCUGGAUACGUGGAGUGUCGUGGAGCCGACUCGGAUCCCACCAGCCGGAGUCACUGCGUGGUGGAGUGCAGCACCGGGUAUCUUGAGUGCGUUGCGGAUGAGCGAGAGCAGCCGCAUCACUCACGCGGCUACAUCGACAGCAGUGCAGACCACCGCACUCAGACGAGUCGUCAGUACGAAGCCCAGUAUGGAGGAGAAUGCGUAGCAGCUGCAGACUCGGAGCAGCCAGGCUGCUCUCUGUACCAAGCGAGAGACGACGACGAUGAAGACGAUGAACAGAACCAGCAGCCGCAGCACUCCUGCUACACAGAAAACAGCAACGGCCUGGAGGGCUCGUUUUAUCCUGAUGACAGCUCCUCAUCAGACCGGCCGCGCGCUGACACGAUGGGUUCUCGGAGACUUCCCAAUGCUCUGGAAUGCAAUGAAAGUCAACCAGGGCUCUACAUCAGUAGCAGUGGCACAUACACCUCUAAUUCAGACCCCGAACCACCACAGCAGAGCUCUCCCAGUCACGAGGAGCCCCAAGGCUCCCAGGAUGGAGUUGGUCUGUCCGUGGAUAAGGAGGCCUCCUCUGGAGACCACCAGCCGAACCUGGCUGAGCUGGAGGAGAUGAUGGAGGUAGUGAUUAUUCAGCAGUACAAGUGCAAGAUGUGUCCAUACAAGAGCGCCUCCAAAGUUACACUGAUCAACCACAUGAGAGAUAAGCACUUCAAACCUGCUGGGGAAACUCCAAAGAAACGCAAACGUGGACGACCUCCUAAAAGCGAGACUUUAGCUCGUCAAAGAGCAGAGAGGGAGGAAGCAGAGAGGAGGAGGGCGGAGGAGGAAAAGGCUUCUGAGAAUAAACCAGGAGAGGAAGAGGAGGAUGAUGUUGUGGAUGCAGGUGCUAUUGAUGAUCCUGAAGAGGACAGUGACUACAACCCAGUAGAUGAGGAAUGCAAUGGAAGACCUCCUGCAAUUCUGAAGAGAGCCACCACUCCCAUCUCCACCUCCUCCUCACAAGGGCGUCCUCGGAGAAAGGUUGGUCGGCCACGGAAGUAUUUCCUUCCAGGUGAAAGCUACAGGAGUGUAGAAGCAGAAAGCAUUUCUAAGAGGCCCAGAUGUGUGGAUGCAGAUCCAUCCGAAGAGGCCAGCUCUUCUGGUUUAGGUAACGGACCUGGGACCAGUCCUGAUGGAGACGCCGCUGAGGCAGCAAUCAGCCAAUCAGACUCUGAGAACAAAGACCCUUCAUCCAACUCCCAGCCAGAGGAGGAGUUCUUAAAGAGGAAGCGGGGCAGGCCGUCCAAACGCUUCCUACGCAAGAAAUACAAAAAGUAUAUAAAUCGCAACCGGUAUUAUAAAUCCCUCAAACCGCUCCUGAGACCUCACAACUGCUGGAUCUGCGGCUCACGCUUCCUCACGCAAGAGGAUUUACGCUUUCAUGUCGACUCGCACGAGGGCAACGACCCAGAGCUCUUCAAGUGCCUGCAGUGUAAUUAUCGCUCCAAGCGCUGGUCUUCACUCAAGGAGCACAUGUUUAACCAUGAGGGCACCAAGCCUUUUAAAUGUGAGGAGUGUGAUUACUCCAGCGUUUACAAGAAAGAUGUCCUCCGGCAUUCAGCAGUCCACAACAAAGACAAAAAAAGAAAAACAGAGUUGGCACCUAAGGUGUCGGAGUUCCCCUGCCCUGUGUGUGGAAAGGUCUACCCCAUGCAGAAGAGACUGACGCAGCACAUGAAAACACACAGCUCAGAGAAGCCGCACAUGUGCGAUAAGUGCGGCAAAUCCUUCAAGAAGCGCUACACGUUCAAGAUGCACUUACUGACCCACAUCCAGAUUCUUGGAGACAACAAAUUCAAGUGUGAGUUUUGUGACUUUACUUGUGAAAACAAGAAGCUGCUGCUCAACCAUCAGCUGUCUCACACCAACGACAGGCCCUUCAAGUGUGACUACUGCAAAUACUCCACAUCCAAAGAGGAGUUCCUGGUCUCACAUCUGGCCAUCAAACACACAGGGGAGAAACCCUUCAGCUGCAAUACGUGCCACUUCAUGACGAAGCACAAGAAGAACCUGCGUCUUCAUGUGCAAUGUCGCCACCCAGAGGCUUUUGAAGACUGGUCGGUGGCUCACCCCGCAGAACCGGUGAGGAGACGACGGAAGCCCUUCUUCACCCUGCAACAGAUCCAGGAGCUCAAACAGCAGCAUGACGACGCACAGACUCUGCAGAACACCAUUGUUGCGGUGGAUCCUGCGACACUACAAGCGAUGCAGGGCAUGGAAAGUGCUUCGGUGUCCCAGGAUGCACUGGGAAACGCGACCAUCAUCUAUGAGCAAGCUGAGUCGGUUGAUCUGUCAGCUCAAAACGCGCUGGACCUACUGCUGAAUAUGAGCAAUGCUCGUGAGCUUGUUGGAAACUCCGUCCAGGUGGCAGUGCUACAGUCAGAGGGGAAACCCGGGGAGAAAAGCACGCUCAGGGCGGUCACUCUGGACCCGAGCCAGGCUCAGAAGAUUAUGACCGUCCACGUGAAUGAAAAUGGUGAAACGGUGCUGCAGGAGGCCUAUGAGGCAGCCACCAGUGAAACAGGAGAGAUCACUCACAUUGCCAUUGGAGCCUAUGAAGAUGGAGGGGAUUUCAGUGUGGUGGAGCAGCCUGCUAGUCCAGGAUACAGCAAUGGCGAUAGCAGUCCUCCUCAGGCUUUAGACGUUUCAGGGUCAGAGAGCCUGAAAAGUGAUAAGUACUACCUAACGUCGGCUCUGGCUGAUGGUGUUUUACAGCAAGUGGAGCUGAGCAGCGACGCUCCAGCCUCUCCCCCCUCUGUGAGCUCUCCCGGCCUCACCAAGAAGUUCUGCUGUAGAAUCUGCAUGGAGUCCUUCAGUGGCCGCUCUGACAUGGAGAACCACAAGAGGGCGCACUUAGAUGCUAACACUUUCAAAUGCCCCGACUGUGAUUACACCUCCACCUCCUGGCCUGGGGUCAAGGCUCACAUGGAGAUGCAUUCCUACCUACGACCUCACAAGUGUCCAAGCUGCAGCUUUGCCUCAAAGAACAAGAAGGACCUGCGCAGACACAUGAUGACCCACACCAAUGAGAAACCAUUCGGCUGCAAGAUUUGUGGACAAAGGUUCAACCGUAACGGCCACCUGAAGUUUCACAUGGACCGUCUCCACAACAACGAUAAUGCUAAUCGCAAAGGUCGCAGCUCCUCAUCUCAGCAAACCAUCAUCCUCAAUAGUGACGAGGAGGCUUUAGCCACCCUGCAGUCCUUGCAGUCCCAUCCGACGGUGAUCACGCCGGAGCGGCUGCAGGCCCUAGGGCAGGAUCACAUCAUCGUAGCUCAGGAGCCGGCGCAAUCAGACCAGGAGGAUGGUUCAUACAUCCAGCAGAUAACAAUAGAUGGGCAGCACCUGGUGACAGCAGACAACCAGGUGACUGAGGUCCAGUACAUCAUCUCACAGGAUGGAGUGGAGCACAUCAUCCCUCAGGAGUAUGUAGUUGUUGCCGACGGUAACCACAUACAGAUGCCAGACGGACACAUUAUUCAGUACGAGCACGAGCAGCAGAUCGCCGUCAGCCAUGACGGUCAGAUCCAGUACCUGCCAGUUGGCUCAGAGCAGAUCGUGACCCCAGAAGACCCGGAGGCCACUUCACACUCUGCUGUCACAGCUGCAGCAGACUCCGACGUGGGAGAAACCCAAACAUUUUACACGGAGGCUACACCAGAGCAGCUGGAGCAGCUGCAGCAGCAGGGCAUCCACUACGACGUUAUCACGUUCACCAACGACUAGACACCUAAACGUCAUCCAAGCGCAUCAAAGGAGAACCAUCAUGGAACAGUGACAUCAUCGUAUUUAUGCACUCAUACUUUAAGGCCUUAUCCUCUCUGCUCUUCGAGGAAGCUGCAAAACACACACACUCCCAUUGCUUCUAACUUAUUUACUGGGCUGUGCAUCUCAGAGUUUAUCUGAAGAAGUUGUGCUUGAUGCGUACAUUUUGGGUCUGUGUUUAUGUGCCUGAACUUCUUAAACUUGCAAGGCAAUGUUAUGAAAGAAAAGGUGAAAUCAGUCGUGAUGAUUGGAGGGAUUUUAGUUUGGAGAGGAAUGAAAAGGAAGUGCUCCUUUUUUAGGUGUAAUAAAUUAAGUUUAUUGUUAGAAUGAUGCAAUAUUGAAUAUUCAUGUAAAUACAAUUGGCUGUUUUUUGUUGUAAUAUAUAAAAACCUUAUUGAGUUGUAUGAGACGUAUCAAAAGUUGAAAGCUAACACCAAAUAAAUGGUUUUGUCUUUAUUAA